AUGUCGACUACUGCCGCAGCUGCUGCCCCUCCGGCGCCCAAGGCCAACAAGCCCAAGAAGGUCCCGAUCCACCCGCCGUACAACGUGAUGGUGCUCGAGGCGAUCAAGGAGCUCGGCGACCGCUCUGGCUCGUCGCGCCAAGCCAUCUCCAAGUUCAUCUCGGACAAGUACCCGUCCACCGCGGACACCAUCAACCACCAGCUCCCUGCUGCCCUCACCCGUCUUGCUGACGCUGCGACCAUCAGCCGUGUCUCGGGCAUUGGCGCCACCGGCUCGUUCCGCGCCUCCAAGACCGCUGCUGGUGCCGCCAAGGCUGUGAAGGCUGCCAAGGCUGCCAAGGCCGCUGGUGCCAAGACCGCCAAGGCUCCCAAGGCUCCCAAGGCUCCCAAGGCUCCCAAGGCGCCGAAGGAUGCCGCCGCAGCGAAGGUGGCCAAGGCGCCCAAGGCUUCCAAGGCCGCGGACGCUGCCAAGCUUCCCAAGGCUCCCAAGGCCCCCAAGACCGACAAGCCCGCCAAGGCUCCCAAGAAGGAGGGCAAGGCUGCUGCCAAGACGAGCAACGCUGCUAUCGCUGCCAAGAAGAAGGCUGUGAAGGCUGUUACCCCCGCCAAUCCCGCCGUCGCUGCCGCUGCCCUCGCUGCUGCCGCCGCGUUGCCCAAGGCUGCCAAAGCUCCCAAGGCUGCCAAGGCACCCAAGGCCGAGAAGCCUGCUAAGGCUGCCAAGGCCCCCAAGGCCGACAAGCCUGCUAAGGCUGCCAAGGCUCCCAAGGCUGCCAAGGCCGAGAAGCCCGCCAAGGCCCCCAAGGCUCCGAAGGCCGAGAAGCCUGCCAAGGCUCCCAAGGCUGCCAAGGCCGAGAAGCCCGCCAAGGCUCCCAAGGCUGAGAAGCCUGCCAAGGCUCCUAAGGCCGACAAGCCUGCUAAAGCUGCCAAAGCCCCCAAGGCCGACAAGCCCGCCAAGAUUGCCAAGGCGCCCAAGGCCGACAAGCCCAAGCCGGCUGCCAAGGAGGUCAAGCCCAAGGCCGCCACUGCCAAGCCGAAGGCUGCUGCUGCCCCCAAGCCCAAGGCCAAGUAA